GCAUAAUCCUUCUAUUUGCCCAGAGCCACAUUCUGUCCUGAAGCUUGCUGCCCGGGACGGGACUAGAGAAGGCACCCAGUAAAGACUGGGUAAGGAAGGGAGUCCACGGCGAACAAGGGGAGUGCUGGGUCCCCCACCUUCCACUGCCAGACAAGAGGAUGGACGCCCCCAACGUCACGGCUCCGCUCAACUUCACCCUCCCACCCAACUUCGGCAAGCGCCUCACCGACAAGGCCCUGAGCAUCAUUCUGGUGUUCCUGCUGCUCAUUAUCAUGCUCUCGCUGGGUUGCACCAUGGAAUUCAGCAAGAUCAAGGCUCACUUCUGGAAGCCUAAGGGGCUGGCCAUCGCUCUGAUUGCACAGUAUGGCAUCAUGCCUCUCACUGCCUUUAUGCUGGGCAAGGUGUUCAGGCUCAACAACGUCGAGGCGCUGGCCAUCCUUGUCUGCGGCUGCUCGCCCGGGGGGACCCUGUCCAACGUCUUCAGUCUGGCCAUGAAGGGGGACAUGAACCUCAGCAUCGUGAUGACCACCUGCUCCACCUUCCUUGCCCUGGGCAUGAUGCCCCUCCUCCUGUAUAUCUACUCCAAGGGGAUUUAUGAUGGGGAUCUGAAGGACAAGGUACCCUACAAAGGCAUUGUGUUAUCACUAGUCCUGGUUCUCAUUCCCUGCACCAUUGGGAUCUUCCUCAAAGCCAAACGGCCACAGUAUGUACGCUAUAUCAAAAAGGGAGGGACGAUCAUCAUGCUUUUGUUAAGUGUGGCCAUAACAGUACUGUCUGUCAUCAACGUGGGCAAGAGUAUCAUGUUUGUCAUGACACCACACUUGCUGGCCACCUCCUCUCUAAUGCCUUUCAUUGGCUUCCUGCUGGGCUAUAUCCUCUCUGCUCUAUUCCGCCUCAACGGACGGUGCAGUCGCACUGUCAGUAUGGAAACCGGAUGCCAAAAUGUUCAGCUUUGUUCCACCAUUCUCAAUGUGACAUUCCCCCCUGAAGUCAUUGGACCACUUUUCUUCUUCCCUCUCCUCUACAUGAUUUUCCAGCUUGGGGAAGGGGUUCUCCUGAUCUUCAUCUUUCGGUGCUAUGAAAAAAUCAAGCCUUCUAAGGAUAAAACAAAAAUGAUCUACACAGCUGCUGCAACAGAAGAAAUCACUCCAGGAGCUCUAGGAAAUGGCACCCACAAAGGGGAGGAGUGCUCCCCUUGCACAGCCGCACCUUCCCCUAGUGGCCUGGAUUCUGGUGAGAAGGCAAUUCAGUGUGAUCAACUAGAGAAAGCAAAAGAUAAGAGGAACACCAAAGAAGAGUCUUUCUCCAGCAUUGGCAGCAGCAACUAUCAGAACUAACAAGCCUUGCCUGGAGGGAGGACAAAGGAGCCUGCAUGAAGAGCCUCACCCAUCCACCGCUUAGAGAUCGGUACUUGUUUAAAAAAAUGAAGAUUUUGUUCAAGGACAGCCCUAUGAAAGCAGAAACCAAAAUUGCCUUUUGUUCCUGAAUUUCCAGCGUUCCAUAGCCCUAAGAGGCACUCAACUUUUGAACUAGGCUAUAGAGGCUUUUACCCUACAACCAAAUAUCCAAAGUCCUACUCUAACUUCUUUAGCAGAAAAAGGGAAAUAAAUGUUCAGAGUGCUGCCAAAUUUAAACUUCCGAAGUCCUUUCUAACCUUAAAAUUUCCCUUCUGACAUUUCUGGGAUUAAAGAUCCUGAGAACACCAACAUGACACCAAGUAUACAAAAUCAGACAUAAAAUGCAAAAUCAAGUAAGAUUAACUCAAAAACUCAGCCAUAAUGAAAUGGGCAGACAUUUCUGGAGAAUAUAAUCAGAAGUCGAAGGGAAAAGACAGGAAAACAAGAAAACACAAACAUCAACAGAACUGUUCACUAAUCGAAUACACUAUCCCAUCAACUCAUUAGCUAUUAAUGGUUUUCGUUAUUAUCCCCUCUCAAAACACAGAGUACUACGAACUAUUACAAAAAGAGUGGUUUCUCUAUUUAAGCUAACUAUAAUCCUAAAAUUUCAAAAUUUCUCCAAUGAAAACUUAUUGCUCAUAUGCAAAUAGGUAGAUUAAUAAACAAUACUUGCAGCAAACCGCAGACUGUGCCUAAUUACUUGUGAUUUUCAUAUCAUUUGAGUAUGAAGUUUAACUGAAACCCUAAUGACAAUUUUAAGGCAUCAGUCUGCCCAAUGUGCAGAAGCACCAGUACUCCCGAUACCACAGCAAAUUUAAGAAUCAGGGGUAAAG